AUGGAUAACUUUGGAUACAUGUCUCAAUGUCCAUCCUUGCUUCGCCUAGACAAUGGAUUCCAACCAAUAGAAUCCUCUUACCUCGAAUAUAACGUGUCCAAUCAAUUUGAACUGAAUCCGAAUCAGCCAAAAAAUUUGUCCCAAUACUAUCACGACUCGUACCAGCAAUCAAACCCUCACCCGAACCUACACUAUGGAAGUCUCAGCGAUCUCAGUCAGAUAAACCCCCAAAGCAACUUCGGAAUGCAAUCAUAUUCAGCCCAUGAUCCGAAGCAGCUAGCCCCUUUUCCGCCACCAGGACCGGCUCCAUUAACUCAGGACUGCUCGCCUGUGCAUCAGAAUGGCCAACCUGAUUUACCCGUUCAGCGUCCUCCAACCACCUCAAACACCGCAGACCCUCUAACGCGCUCCACCUCAACAUACAACUUUAACAGCGACCACAACAAAGAUACAACAUCUCGGCCGAACCCUGAACUCUCCAAACCAAAGCCUCCUCCGCGUGCAAAGACUGCAGCCAGCCUGUUUGAGAAAGCCAAUCACAUGGAACUCGACCAGCUCAUCAAACUUGUUUCUCAAAAUGCUAAAUACUCUUGUCUCACAAGUGAAAAUGAGCUUGAGCUUAACUCCGCUUACAGGGAGUAUCAGCGGCAGCUUUAUCUGAUAGCAUACAAGAACAAGCUUGAAAUUGCGCCAUGUUUAAAGUACGUUGGGUUAGGUGCAAAUCCCAAAGGUUCAACCAACUACAACACUUUCUGCAAGUACGAUCCGGUUGCUAGCAAGGCUUUCAACGACCCAAACAUGCAUCCCGACAAUCGCAAGCGUGAAUGUGGUAGGCUUUGGAAGCUCCUAGAUCCUGCUGCUCAGGAGAAGUGGAAAGAUCCCAACUAUGUGGAAUCCUUUUUGGAUGUACCUGACCCGGAUAAUGACAUUGAUCAGAACGAAAAUAAAAACAACUCCAUGUCCUUACUCAAGAAGCAAAAAUCACCAACCUUUGAUUCUGAUCGCUGGGCUCGCAAGGUUGUUACAGAUCUGAGAAAUCUCAGCCAAAGGUUUGGUACCAAAGGCUUUCUGGUUGUUGGAUCACGAGGCAAAGAUGCCACUCUGAAGUUCAGCGGAGGCAGUCAUCUCGGCGAAUUUUUCCUGGAUAUGUACUCGACCAAAGACGAUCCAGUUUUAAACUUUGUUGAUUUUCUCAGAGGCCAACACGUCAUCAAGAAGAUCACCGGCAAAGAAUCUACACCAGUCGUAACAAAGAAGAGACCCCGCACACAGAACAAGCCCCGUCAAAUUUUCACAAAACACAACAAAGGAGAAAAAGAAGCCAACAUUGAAUUCAUCCGAGCCAAACUCAAUUCUGCUAUCGAAAAGGCAACGCAUGGUCAAUGGAUCAAAGGAUGGCCUGGUACUCGCACUCAAUGGCGACUUUCAAAACUCAAAGUCAGUUUGCAGGUGAAGGACAACAAUUGCGGUGUUACCCCCCAGCACUUCUGUAAGCGACCGGGGGACAUGGGAGAUAAACACGCCCAACUUGUUGUUGAAGCGUUAGAGGAAGAUUGGGUCCAGCUCAUUGGCCCACCCGCCCCCAAAAUUAACACUCUAGGAUUCAAUGUUGAUGGUCAAACUCUCGAGGGUGACACUUCACCAACCAUAGUUUCUGUAGCUCCCUCGCCCAUCCGGAUCCUCCUCGCCGUGUCUGUCAGAUUACCUUGCCGUCUUUUCGCUUUCUCGGCUUCUCUGCCGCUGGCUUCAUCGGUCUCAACUAACUGGCACAGCCCUCGGCUCGAUCAACAUCGCUUGUCUGCAAUUUCCCCGGGCUUCAUCAGUAUCGUUGAAUUUUCCGCCUCGGUCACCAAUAUUCUUGACACCUCUCGCAACUUACUCAUCCAGUCAGCUUCAGGUACUCAGCUUCGAAACCGACGCUCGCAGAAUGCCGCCCUGAACGCAAGCGCAUGGUCUCGACUACGCAGGAGAGAAAUAAUUGCUUCACAAGAAGCAGAGAGGAUUGAAAACUCAGAAACAAUGCAGAUUCCUUACGAUCCAAACGACGAGUCUCAGCGGCAGGAUGAAGAUCCCGAGUCCGAAGAUGAGGAAGAAGAUACUACUUCGAGAUGGAAGUUCAAAUUAGCAUCGAUUCGACGCAGGGAGAUCCGCAAAGAGCUAGAGAAGAUCUUAUUGCUCGACAAUCCUUUCAAGGCAGGCCGCAAGUAUACAGUAUCAUAUUUCAGGAAGCAAUGGAAACAUCAGCGAACGUUUCGAGCCGAUCACACAGAUGAAGAGCAGGAGCGAAGGGACAAAGAGCGCCUGACGGAUCUGGACCUUGAUCUUUUAUCGGAUGCGGAGGUCAAGAAGAUUUCUGAUAAGAUCAAAAAGGUGUCCAGGAAACUCAACAAAGAUGCUGCGGAAGCUGAGGCAUUGGGUGAUGAGCAGCGGCUGCUCCUGCUGUUGUGGAAUUCGAAAAAUGAAUUAUACACCCAAGCUGUCCAACUCCGAGCAGAACGCCAACCCUUAUUGGAUGCGAAAAAACUUGGGACUUGUGUGGGGACUGAGCUCAAAGAAAAAAUCCUCAAAGCAAUGGGGAAUCGCCGCCCAGCAGUCAAACAAUUACUCGACAAGUAUAACAAACUAGUCCAAGAGGAGUUUGAACUCAUUUCUCAAGAGUUAGCGAGGGCAGUAGGUUGGGCAAUCAGUUACUAUACUCAUGUGGAAAAUGUAAUAACAGAAAUGGGUGAACGUAUCACUCUACUCGGAAACCAACCUGAAAAUGUAGAUGUGGAUCGCUUUGACCGCUUAGUUCUUCACGGCUUGGAUCAAAGAGAUCGACUCCGAGUAAUUCGCAAAGAGCUACGUUGUCGACAGACUCUUCACGCAGCCUUGGUCGAAGAGUGGCAUUCGCAUGUCCCAUGGCUUGCAAAUCAUUGUCAGCCAAGUGAGUACCGCACAUCAAUGCUCCGCAAUUGGGACAACACGCGGACAAAAAUGGGCUUAGCAGAAUAUGCAAGCUCAUCAAACCUGCCUGAAGUAGAUGUUGAAUUGGAGAAGGCGAUACUCGAAGUGGGAGCGGACGAUGGGGAGGAUGCUGAAGAAGAUAUGUUUUUUAAUACCGAUGCGGAGGAUGACGUCACUGAUGAUGAUUAG